AUGAAACUUCUUCUUCUUGUCCUGGGACUUGCUGCUGCAGCCCCCAUUGAGGACGAUGAUAAGAUUGUCGGAGGUUACAGGUGCUUAGAAGGUUCAGUUCCUUACCAGGUGUCCCUGAACAUCGGAUACCACUUCUGUGGAGGGGCCCUCGUUAGUAGCUUAUGGGUGGUGUCUGCUGCUCACUGCUAUCAAAAGCACAUUCAAGUCCGGCUUGGAGAACAUAACAUCAAAGUCUUUGAAGGACCCGAACAAUUCAUUGCAUCUUCUCAAGUCAUUCCACAUCCACACUACGACCCUUCUGUUCUUGACAAUGAUAUCAUGUUAAUCCGGCUGAGAAAGCCAGUAAGGCUGAACAGUCAAGUACAGUUUGUCAGUCUACCGACCCACUGUGACCUGCCAGGGACUCAAUGUCUCAUCUCAGGGUGGGGUAACACUCUGAGCAAUGGGGAGAAUUAUCCAGAUGUUCUCCAUUGCCUGAAUGCUCCGAUUCUGUCUGAUUGGUUGUGUAAUGAUGCUUAUCCUGGGCAGAUCACCAGGAACAUGGUCUGCUUGGGCUACUUAGACGGUGGAAAAGACGCUUGUCAGGGUGACUCCGGGGGCCCUGUGGUCUGUAAUGGACAGCUGCAGGGUGUCGUGUCCUGGGGUGAUGGCUGCGCCGUUCCUGGAUACCCGGGGGUAUAUACAAAGGUGUGUAACUAUGUGUCCUGGAUCGAGGGAAUCAUGGAUGCAUAUUAG